UGGGUUUAAAUAUACUUAAAACUCUUUUAUACAGGAGGUUGGAUGCAAUCAUGCUCAAAUGGUCGGAUUUUCAACUGAUGGAUUUGCAACUACCCAUACCAUGAGAAAAUUGCAUCUCAUAUGGGUUACUGCUCGCCUGUACAUUGAGAUCUACAAGUACCCUGCUUGGAGUGAUGUCAUUGAAAUAGAGACUUGGUGCCAAAGUGAAGGCAGAAUUGGGACUAGACGUGAUUGGAUUCUCAGAGACUGCGCUACUGGUGAUGUCAUUGGAAGAGCAACCAGCAAGUGGAUCAUGAUGAACCAGGACACAAGACGGCUUCAAAAAGUAGCUGAUGAAGUUCGUGAUGAGUUAUCAACCUAUUUUCCAAAAGAAUUGAGGUUAGCUUUUCCGGAGGAGAACAAUGGCAGCCUAAAGAAAAUAGCAAAACUUGAAGAUCCUGCUGAGUAUUCCAAGCUAGGGCUGGUGCCACGCAGAGCUGAUCUGGACAUGAAUCAACAUGUAAACAAUGUCACUUACAUUGGAUGGGUUCUUGAGAGUAUGCCUCAAGAAAUUAUUGAUACACAUGAACUAGAAACAAUCACAAUAGAUUAUAGGCGCGAAUGCCAGCACGAUGAUGUGGUCGAUUCUCUUACGAGCUAUGAACCCAUUGAAGAUGCUGCUUCUUUAGAGAUUGGGGGGGCUGCUAAUGGAUCUGCUACCGCUCCAAAGGAUUUAAACAAGAGCUUCUUGCAUUUAUUGAGAUUAUCAAGCGAUGGACUUGAAAUAAAUAGGUGUCGAACUGAAUGGAGAAAGAAGCCUUCAAGGAUAUAAGUUUCAAAGUGUUCUAUUAUCCAUUAUAGCCCAAGUAGGCAAGUGAUUUCAGUGGAGGAGCUCUUCUUUUUUUCAGUGUUUCUAUCUUUUUUCUUGUCUUUCUGCAGUUUUUGAUUGUUUCCCUCCUUUUCUUUUUCUUGGAGCUUUCCAUAGACUUUGGUUGAGAUGAGGCCACAUUGAUUUGUACUGAUGUUUUAGUUAUGCAAAUAGACAGGAUGAGGAAAAAAGUGUACUGUAAUAUGGGAACUAUCAUAGUUCUUAUCAUGUAAUGUAUGGCAUGUAUCUCCUGCUGGUA